GGAUUGAAUUAUUCCAUUUACUUACUCUUCUGGCAUUGUACAGGAAUGAACACAAGUGUCAGUGGCAUUAUCAAAGAACAGCCAUUGAAGCCAUCUAGACGGAGCCUGCCCUGCCUGGCUCAGAGCCAGACGCACCCUUUGAAUCUGAACAGACAUUCUUCACAGCAUCCGCCAAGCAGUAAGGAACCAAAGAGUGCAGGACCAUCUUCCACAAAUGUUUCGCCCGAGAAAGAGGAGGUACCUGCCCAGCCUGAGUCACCUGAGCAAGCAGCGGAAUAUAAUUUUGAUCAGCAAUACCAUUCCAACUUUCCACCACAAGACCCUUAUGAUGAGUGCGUUGUCUGCCUAGAUGAAAAUAAGGAGAAGAGCAAAGUAGAGUCAGCACAAAGAACGAUUGCCUCACGGAUUGAUCACACCUUUCUCCUCCAGAACACAUUAAAUUGUCAAACAUCAGAAGCUAACAAUGAGAGACGAGAGGAGGAAGCAAAAUCUGUGACAAAAUUUGGUCUUUUCUUCAAAGAUGGAAAGAGGCGGAUUGACUAUAUUUUGGUUUAUAAAAAAUCAAAUCCCCAGGUAGAGAAGAGAAGCACAUUUGAAAAGAACCUCAGGGCGGAAGGUCUACAACUUGAAAGAGAGCCUUCCCUCACAAAUACCGAUAUAAUGUUUGUGAAACUCCACGCACCUUGGGAAACGCUUUGUAAAUACGCAGAAAGAAUGAACAUCCGCAUGCCUUUUAGGAAAAAAUGUUAUUACACUGACUGGAAGAGCAGAGCGCUGAGCAGUGUUCAGAGGAACCUACGACAGGUGAAGAGUUGGUUGCCAAGGAACCCAAUGAAGCUUGAUAAAGAAGCUCUACCAGACCUAGAAGAGACUGAUUGCUACACAGCCCCCUUCAGUCGGGCUCGUGCACACCAUUUUACCAUAAACAACAAAGACACCUUUUUCAGUAACGCCACAAGAAGCAUAAUUGUACACCACAUGCUGCAGAGGACCAAGUACGAAGAUGGAAAGUCCAAAAUGGGUUUAAAUAGACUACUCAGCAAAGCAACAUAUGACUCUGCCUUUCCUCCACACGAGGGUAGCUACAAGAGCAGACUCCCAAUCAAGACACAUGGUGCACUUAAUCACAGACACCUCCUGUAUGAGCGCUGGGCUCGAUGGGGCAUGUGGUAUAAGUACCAGCCAUUGGACCUAAUCAGACGAUACUUUGGUGAAAAGAUUGGCCUGUAUUUUGCAUGGCUGGGCUGGUAUACCGGGAUGCUCAUUCCUGCUGCAUUAGUUGGAUUAUUUGUGUUUCUUUAUGGAUUAUUUACCACGGAGUCCAGCCAAGUGAGCAGGGAGAUCUGUGAAGCCAAUGACACCGUCAUGUGCCCAAUGUGUGAAGGUAACUGUACAAACUGGAUGCUGAGUGACAGCUGCGUCUAUGCUAAGAUGACGCAUUUGUUUGACAAUGGAGGUACUGUCUUCUUUGCCAUCUUCAUGGCGAUCUGGGCAACUGUGUUUCUGGAGUUCUGGAAGAGGCGUCGAGCAGUCUUAACGUAUGACUGGGACCUGAUUGACUGGGAAGAGGAAGAGGAGGAACUUCGCCCUCAGUUUGAAGCAAAAUAUUCCAAGAAGGAACGUGUGAAUCCCAUCACGGGAAAGCCUGAACCAUUCCAGCCAUUUGUCGAUAAACUCAGCAGGCUCCUUGUGUCUGUCUCAGGAAUAUUCUUCAUGAUCUCGCUGGUGCUGUCGGCGGUCUUUGGUGUGGUGGUGUAUCGUCUCGUAACCAUGGAGUUCUUCGCUUCUUUCCAGUGGGAGUUUAUAAAGAAAAAUUUGCAGUUUGCUACCGCAGGAACUGGAGUCUGUCUCAACUUCAUCAUCAUCAUGUCUCUGAAUGUGGUUUACGAGAAAGUUGCUUACCUGCUUACAAACUGGGAGCAUCCACGGACUGAGUCUGAAUGGGAGAACAGCUUUGCUCUGAAGAUGUUUCUCUUCCAGUUUGUAAACCUCAACAGUUCUAUUUUUUACAUUGCCUUCUUCCUUGGCAGGUUUGCAGGUCGACCGGGUGCCUACACAAAACUGUUCCACAAAUGGAGGCUCGAAGAGUGUCACCCGAGUGGCUGUUUGAUUGACCUCUGUAUGCAGAUGGGCAUCAUCAUGGUCCUCAAGCAAAUGUGGAACAAUUUUAUGGAACUCGGCUACCCGCUGUUACAAAAUUGGUGGUCACGAAGAAAGCUGAAGAAGAGUGGACACAGCGUGCAGAAUAAAGUCUUUCUACCUCAGUGGGAAAAGGAUUGGAAUCUGCAGCCCAUGAAUAUCCACGGCCUCAUGGAUGAAUACUUAGAAAUGGUUUUACAGUUUGGCUUCACAACUAUAUUUGUUGCUGCUUUUCCACUGGCUCCUCUUCUUGCUCUCCUGAAUAAUAUCAUUGAGAUCAGGCUGGACGCUUACAAGUUUGUCACACAGUGGAGACGACCAUUGCCUGCCAGAGCAACCGAUAUAGGAAUCUGGUAUGGAAUCCUGGAAGGAAUCGGGGUGUUGGCUGUCAUCACGAAUGCAUUCGUGAUUGCCAUUACUUCUGACUACAUCCCUCGCUUUGUCUAUGCGUUCAAAUAUGGCCCAUGUGCGGACAAGGGCUACACCCAGGAAAAGUGCUUGAAGGGCUAUGUAAAUGGGAGUUUGUCUUUUUUCAACGUGAGCGAGUUUGGAACACAAGGUACAGGUUACUGCAGAUACAGAGACUACAGAGCGCCUCCUUGGGAUCCGAACAGAUACGAGUUCACGUUGCAAUUCUGGCAUGUCCUAGCUGCACGUUUAGCUUUCAUCAUAGUGUUCGAGCACUUAGUGUUUGGGAUAAAAUCCUUCAUAGCCUACCUUAUCCCUGACAUGCCCAAAGACUUGUGCGAUCGAAUGCGGCGAGAGAAGUACCUGGUGCAGGAGAUGAUGUACGAGGCAGAGUUGGAGCACCUGCAGCAGGAGCGGAAGAAGAACGGCAAAAGAUAUCACCAUGAAUGGCCUUAACAGCACAGAGCACAGGACUGUUGAUACGAGCAAGUUCUCCAUUGGGAGGGGCGGGGGAUUGCACUGCAACAGCUGAAUGGAGAUGCCAGCUACGCCGGACAUGUUAUUUGCAAGUUUAAUAAUACUUUUUAUAUUUACGAAAGACUGAAGGGAGUGGAGCACUGCUGCCCACACUCUGUUUCAUGUCUAACAGAUCGGUGCAAGAAAUGUCACAAGGCUGGAGGCCAGGGGAGAGUUCUACCUGCUGAUAUGAUGAUGCACCAACCGAUAUUUGCUCACGUAUCGCCGUUGGAAGCGGAAAGAAAAUCCUUUCGCAAAAGGUGUUCGUCUUGAGAGAUGAUUGAAGGCUGCAGGUUGCCGAGGCCAACCAAAAAGUACCGUCACUUUCAUAUCCUGCUUCAUUCUUUCCACUCAUGGUCAAUGGGCAGAUCAUAUAUACUGGCAAGUACCAUGAAUGUGCUUCCAUUGGCCACUUAUGAGUUGAGUGCUGCAUAACCAUUCAGUUCAGGCAACUUCCUGCGCUUUGACAUGCAGUGCACAGGGAAAUGGAAUUGUCAUUCUGCAUUUAGUCUCUUGUCACCAUCAAUAAACACCCUAGAACUUGACUAAGCAAGAUCAAUAAUGCACUUUGUUACUAGUACAAGUUGGAAACGAUGAAGCAAUAUACUUUGGGAAUUAGCAGUUAGUUGU